GUGAGCGGUGGACACCAGUGCUUCAAGGCAUCCCGUGGCGGUACCGUCGUGGGGGGCCAGAGCGGCUUGCAACGACAUACGGUGGUGAACUUUCAGCCUCCUCGCAGCUUUUAUGGAGAGACCCUGGAGGAAACGGAGAAAGGCUGGGAGAAGCUCCUUGGAGACGGAAGAGUAGCCCUGGAGCUCCUGUCUGAAACUCCGAACCAAUGGGGGGUGUGGCUCUUUGCUGGGCAGCGAUUUGCAAAGAUCCUGGGCCCGCCCAUUGGAUGUCAGGCUUCGUCAAUCGCCAGCACCUUGUGCCGCAGCCUCGCAACUCUGCGCGGGCUUCAGGGCAUCAAGGCCGAUGAGGUAUCCUUUGAGGCAGCUGUCGGGCAGGUAACCCGACCAGGAUGUCUUUUGCAGCUGACAGCAGAAGGCCUGGUGCCGUACUUUGACAAAAAUGAUGAGACAGUGGGCGGCAGAGUAACAGUGCAGGAGAGCCUCGUUAAUCACACGCUGCCGAAUGGAAGCCUCCAGAGAUGGAAGAUACUUGAGAUGACCUUCAACCCCUUUCAAGAGGAACUUCCAAAAAAAGUGAGCCCCGUGUCAGAGGACAAGCUGCAAAUUGGCUCGAAGGUUCAGUACUGGAGCACCACAGUCGAACGAUGGGUCUCAGCUACAGUUCUUGCUCACAACGAGGAUGGCACUUGCCGCCUUGACAUCAAGAAGCGUGCUCCAAGGAAGCUGAUCAGGAAAGUCGAUGCUGAUGAGGAAAGCAAAACUGCGUCGCAACCUACUCUUUCAGUGUUUGCACCGCUGGUUGCGACAAUGCGCGCAAGAGAGCAGGGCGCCGCAGAAACUAAGUCUCUUCCUGCAAGCAAGAGGCCAAAGAGCUCGAAUGACAAGAUGGAUGUGGGCAAGCGAUUGAGACGGCGCCUGCCCUCGGAGUCAUCAUCUAGCAGUCAUAACUCGGAGGAAGAGGCCGGAACCACAUCGAGGUCAGGCUCGCUCUCCACAUCCUCUACAUCAACGUCAUAG